CACCGGGAGGACUCGAUGUUAGCCUUCUUUUAUAAUUACAUCAUAUUUCACUAAAUGGUUUUAUAAAUAUUUGCUCAUCAGACUAACGAUAAUUUUUUCCACUACAGAACUAGAACAAGUUACCUUUAAACAACCCUUAUCACGCCCUUUAAAAAUAGGAGUAAUUAUAACAACCCUCUAGUUGUCUGGCGCACGUUCACAUUAUUGAACUACGAAAAGAAAAAUAAAAACGUUCUUAUGGCGUCUCCUUUGCCGACGACAUCGGAACGAAAACCAGAAGCAUGGAAAUCCAAUUGCAAAGACAACGUAGAGAUGGUUAUGAAUCUGAAAAGUCAUUGUAUAAUACAGAGUGAAAAAGUUGAACAGGUCAUGAAAACAGUAGACAGAGGAAACUACUGUAAACAUAAUCCCUACAAAGAUUCUCCACAAGGGAUUGGCUAUGCUGCUACAAUAAGUGCUCCUUACAUGCAUGCUUAUGUCUUAGAUUUGCUCAAAAGACAUCUCUAUGAUGGUGCAAAAGCAUUGGAUGUAGGUUCAGGAAGUGGUUACCUUACAGCUUGUAUGGCAUUGAUGGUUGGAGAGAGUGGUUUAGCUGUUGGAAUUGACCAUAUUGAUGAGCUAGUGAACUUGUCCAUUGCCAACAUUAAUAAAGAUCAACCUGGUUUAAUUGAAUCUGGAAAUAUCAAAUUGAUUGUUGGUGAUGGAAGGAAAGGUUACCCAGAAGAAGCCCCAUAUGAUGCAAUACACGUUGGUGCAGCAGCCAAGGAAGUUCCAGAGGAGCUUGUGAAUCAGCUAAAACCAGGAGGCCGUCUAGUCUUACCUGUUGGAAAAGAAAAUCAGAUGUUAGAACAAAUUGACAAGCUACCCAAUGGAGAAAUUAAAAAAACUUCACUAAUUGGAGUAGUUUAUAUUCCACUGACAGACAAGGAAAUUCAGUGGUCUGGAAGGUUGAAGUAGUUCAUUUGCUUAAUGUGGUGCUGUCAUAUUUCCUGAUAGUCAACUUUUGAGCUAAAUCUUCAGUUCCAUCUUUUCCCAGACCAUGUUGGUAACUGCUAAAGUUAAAAUGAUACAAAACCUCUAAGCUUGAUGAUGUCUCUGUGGUUACAGUUAAUGCAUGAUCACAAAAGUAAACUAGUUUAUUAUUGUUUUUAACAUAUUUCUUUAAUGGGAAUUUUCAGAGGAGUCUGUUUUUGCCAGUUCUGAAACUAUUAUUAACAUAACUAUGUUGAAUGUUAUACAAGCAUAACUUCCAAGGUAUCUUGUACUGCCAAGAAUUUUCUAACUUAAAAGGAUACAAAACAGAAGAGAAAAGUAAGCUGGUAAUGUUGAGUUAUAAAGAUGUUAUAGCAGUAUUUACUAUAAGUCUGAGUUUCAUUUCCUAAAAUACUAAAAAUUUAGUGUUCUUAGAUAAGUAUCUUAACUUUUCCUAUGAGGUAAGCAUCCAAGGAAAAUUAUAUUUUAAAAAUAAACUGAAUUCAAGCUUUGUUCUUAAUUACAUUAUCAUGUUUGCUUAACAGUGAUUCUUUGAAGUGUCCUUAGCAUAGGGUUCUUUGCAACUGUUGUAAAAAAAAAGUGAGAUAUACGAGGAUUGUGAGAAAAGUAUCCGACCUUUGGCCGGGGAAUAAAACUGGCAUACCUGGAGCGUUGGAAACCUAAUCACCCUCAAAGUAGUCUCCUUGGCACUCCACACACUUCUCCCAGCGGUGCCGCCAUUGUUGGAAGCAUUCCGAGAAAGCCUCUUGCAAAAUGGAGUUUAGCUCGGCUGUCGUUGCAGCCAUAAUGUCCUCUCUUGUCUGAAAUCGCGUUCCUUUCAAUGGCACGAGUACGCACCACAGGGUCAAACAAUCACCAAAGAGUACUACAGGGAUGUCCUCCGUCGCCUACGUGAUGCUGU